GUCAGCUACAAUCCUGGAGGAAGCUUCCUUGCUAUAAGUACCCGGGACUGCUUGGUCUCCAUCUGGAAAGUUUCCGAUUACCAGCUGCUUCAUGUGUACUCUGGCAGUAGCAUUGCGGUCUCGUUAAGCUGGCUCCCAGCCAGAGAGGAUACCCUCAUGUGCGGGCUCGAAGACGGAAGUAUCACGUCGUUGACUAUAACGGAUUCGUCCCUCGAUGUGGUUGGCUUUUGGGCACAUGCCUUCCCGGUGGAAUGUCUGGCGGCAAAGGGGAUGUCCUUAGCGUCCGGAGCCCACGAAGAGCUAUUCAUCUGGAAGCUGCGAGACGGUAUCUCGUCAGGUAAAUGGUGCGCUGAACGGGACUUGGGCAUGCCGCCUACCUCAUCCCACAAUGAAGCGCGAGAGGUCAUCGUCACCAGCAUACACUGGACUAAAUCUAAACGGUACUCAUCUUUGCUGCUUGUUACCUUCCUUCAUCACGGCUUCAUGGUCUUCGACGCCAAGACCUGGACGAGAAUUCGCGCGUUCCCAUUGAAGGGCUGUAUCGCCGACGCCGACAUCACAGCGGAUGGGCGGACCAUGGUGAUCUCGAACAUGACCACUGGCUUCGACCUCUACGACGUAGAGUCCAUGUCGUCUAUGGGGACGUAUAAGCACGACGUCGCUGCUCUACGGAUGGUCCCUGUUACCUUCAUACAUGGCGGAAACGCCGUUGUGAGCGGCAGUACGGUGGGCGAGGCGCAUCUGUGGGAUGUAGAGACCUGUUGUGGGAUCCACACCCUU